AUGCGUGCAUCGCCUUUGAUUGCGGCGGCAGCCGCCCUCGCGAGUUCUGCCAACGCCUUCCCAGGCUCCAAGUGUCACGACGAGCACGGUCUAUUUCAGUACGGCCAUGCGGACUGUAAGGUUACUCCGAAGGUGAUCAUCAUCAGCAUGUUCGGACCCGAGGCGGACAUCUGGUACUCAAACAACGAGGUGUAUGACGUCCUGGCGCGCAACAUAAGCGUACCCGGCUUAUCCCCGCUUUACCCAGAUGUGCACUGCACCGCGAACGCCGAGGUGUGCCAGUUGACCACUGGCGAGUCAGAGAUCAACGCCGCCGUGACAAUCUCGAGUCUCGUCGCAAGCCCGCUGUUCCACCUUACCAAGACCUACUUCAUGAUUGCCGGCAUCGCAGGUAUCAAUCCGCAUCAAGGAACGAUCGCCUCUGUCACCUUCGCCCGUUACGCAGUUCAGGUCGCGCUCCAGUACGAGUUCGACGCGCGCGAGAUGCCUGCCAACUUCUCCACGGGCUACGUCGGUUUUGGGACCACGAUGCCAAACCAGUAUCCGACAACCCUCUACGGCACGGAGGUCUUCGAGGUUAACACUGCGCUGCGCGAUCUCGCUGUCGGCUUCGCGCGCCAAGCCACGCUGAACGACUCAGCGCAGGCGGUCGCAUACCGUGCAACGUAUGCGGAGGCGUACACUGCUGCCGGUACUGGGCCGUCUGUGCUCACAUGCGACGUGACCACGUCAGACGUAUAUUUCUCCGGGAACCUGCUGGGCGAAGCGUUCGCGAACUGGACAUCAGUGCUCACGAACGGGACGGGCGUGUACUGCAUGACGGCGCAGGAGGACAAUGCGACGCUCGCGGCGCUCCUCCGCGGCGCGCUGAGCAGCUUUGUCGACUUCGCGCGCAUCAUCGUUAUGCGCACCGCGAGCGACUUCGACAGGGAAGCGCCCGGAUAUCCCGCCACGUACAACCUUUUCUGGGCGGACGCGGGCGCGUUUGAGCCGUCGUUGCAGAAUAUCUACCUUGCCGGCGUGGAGGUCGUGAAUGGGAUCAUUGGUGGGUGGGAGGAGACAUUUGAGGCGGGCAUACGGCCGCAGAAUUAUAUUGGAGAUGUGUUUGGCACACUGGGUGGUGUUCCAGAUUUCGGCCCUGGGAGCUAG